AUGUCGUUUAUUUUGCUAGUUGUGCUGAUUAUUCCCGUAUACUUCGUUGCUAUCGGAAUCUACAACGCUUAUUUCCAUCCUCUGGCUCGAGUUCCCGGCCCGAAGCUGUAUAUCUUUACUCAGAUUCCAUUCAAUUACCACUCAAUCAAGGGAGAAUGGAACAAUGUCCUCAAGCAACUUCAUGAUCAAUACGGGCCUAUUGUUCGGUUCGAUAUAAAUCGUGUGUCUCUGACGACGGCGGAUGCAUUCAAGACCAUAUACGGGCACAAGAAUGAUGCAGACAAGACAUUCAACAAGGAUCCCUUGGGAUACAGGGCUAAGAAAGUGGCCUCGCACAUCAUUAACGCCAACCACGAGGAUCACAAGCGCAUGCGUCGCCUUAUAUCGCACGCCUUUUCGGACAAGGCGCUUCGAAACCAAGAGCCGGUGGUACAGUCCUAUGUUGACAAACUGAUGGGUAGACUCUCCGAAGCUUCUGACCGAAAUGAGACCGUGGAUCUGGUUCGUUGGUACAACUUUACAACGUUCGACCUCAUUGGAGAUCUUGCAUUUGGACAGUCGUUCCAAUGUCUAGACAGCGGGAACUACCACCCUUGGGUACGGAUGAUCUUCGAGAACAUCAAGUCACUCACGUAUCUGAUGGUUGCGCGGCGUCUCGGGUUUGAGGGGCUGGCACCAUAUAUAACCCCAGCACAUUUGGCAAAGAGUGCUCGAGAGCAUGCUGAGCUUACAAAGGAGACAGCACGGAAGCGAAUCGCAAGCAAGGAUACUGAGAGAGAGGACUUCAUGUCGUACAUCCUCCGCCAUAAUGACGAGAAGGGCAUGUCGGAGGACGAGAUUAUUGAGAAUAGCAACAUUCUCAUCAUAGCUGGCAGCGAAACCACCGCGACUCUACUCAGCGGCGCCAGUUUUUACCUUAUGAAGAACCCUAACAAGAUGGAAAAGGUAGUUCAGGAGGUACGAUCGUCCUUCACUUCUGAAGCCGACAUUACGAUACAAAGCGUCAGCCAGCUUCCGUACAUGAUUGCCGUCCUUCAGGAGGCCUUCCGCAUGUAUCCUCCGGUACCGUCGAUAUUACCAAGGGUUUGCCCCAAAGGCGGGGAAUACCUGGAGGGUUAUUGGCUUCCUGAGAAUACAACGGUAGGAGUACCCCAAUGGGCAGCAUUCCAAAGCGCACGAAACUUUCGAAAUCCCACCAGUUUCGUCCCUGAGCGCUGGCUCGACGAUCCGGAGUAUUCCGGCGACCAAAAGGCCGUUUUGCAGCCGUUCUCGAUGGGCCCCCGGAAUUGUGUUGGCAAAAAUCUUGCUUAUGCUGAGAUGAGACUCAUCUUUGCGCGCCUUCUGUGGACGUAUGACAUCGAGCUGAUGCCAGAAAGCGAGAAUUGGAACGAGCAGAAGAUUUUUGCGCUAUGGGAAAAGAAAGAACUCAAGGUUAAGUUGACGAAACGUGUUGGAUUGCCGGAGCAGACAGCUUGA